UUGGCGUCGUUCACUGGGGCUGCAACAGCUUCGUUUGCGGGUCUCUAUAUCUUCCACAGGGUUGCGGAGGAACCCUUUCCUCAACAGGUACUUAGAAUGCUUUUCUUGGCAUCAUGUUUCUUUAGAGGUGAUUUCUAAAGAAUUGUAAACCCUAAUAAGAGUUGGAUUGCAACCCCUAGCCUUCACUUUGUACUAUCGGCAACUUUGAACCAUAGCAUCAUGGGAUCCAAAAUGGAGAAUGCGAAGAACCACAACAAGAACAAGAGGAAGAAGAACGAUAAAGAUAAUUUGAAUUCAAGUCCUUCAGCAGCCAGUGAUGACAAGGUUAUCAGUGACCCUCGAUUUUCGAGGGUGCACACGGACCCUCGGUUCCGCGAGGCUCCAAAGCGCGAAAUGAAGGUGGCCAUUGACUCUCGCUUUGACCACAUGUUCACUCACAAGAGCUUCUUGUCCUCUUCUGCUCCCGUCGACAAGAGAGGUAAGCCCAAGAUUAACCCAACCUCGCAACUCGGUUCUCUGCGCCAUUACUAUAAAAUCGACGAAAAGCAAGUAGAGCAGAGCAGUGAUGAGGAAGAAGAAGAAGAAGAAGAGAAGGAGGAGGGAUUGGUGAAAUCCAAUCGUGUGAAAUUGGAGAUUGACGAAGAAACCGAGUCAGAAGAGAGCAGUGAAUCUAAAUCUUCUCUGGAUACAGAUACAGAUACAGAUACAGAUACAGAUACAGAUACAGAUACAGAUGAGGAUGUAUCUGAGCUGGAAGCACCUGAAAUGCAGGAAGAGGUACCGGAGAUUGAGAAAGAAACACACAGGCUUGCUGUUGUUAACAUGGACUGGAGGUAUGUUAAGGCUGUUGACUUGUAUGUAUUAUUAAGUUCAUUUGUCCCCCCUAAUGGACUGAUCAAGUCGGUAGCUGUCUAUCCGUCUGAGUUUGGCCUUCAACGUAUGAAAGAGGAGGAAGUUCAUGGGCCUGUUGGUCUGUUUGAUGAUGAAAAUGUAAAAGACGAUGAAGAUACCAGUGAUGAUGAUCUUGACAACGAGAAGCUGCGUGCAUAUGAAAAGAGCAGGAUGCGGUACUACUAUGCUGUGGUGGAAUGUGACUCAAUUACCACAGCAUAUUACAUUUACAAAGAAUGUGAUGGUCUUGAGUUUAAACAGUCAUCUAAUGCACUUGAUUUAAGGUUUAUUCCGGACAACAUGGAAUUCAAACACUCGGCUCGUGAUGUUGCUACAGAGGCACCUGUGAACUAUGAGUGUAAAGAUUUCUACUCACAAGCACUUCAGCACAGUAACGUUAAUCUUACUUGGGAUGAGGACGAACCUCUUCGUGCAAAGACCUUGAAACAGAAAUUUAAUGAUGAGCAGCUAGCACAGUUAGAAUUGAAGGAAUUCUUGACUUCCGAUGAGAGUGAAAGUGAUGAUGAUGAGGAUAACAAUGAGACAGGCGAUCAGCCUGAUAGGAAAGCUAAAAAACGAGACAAGUAUCGUGCUUUGCUCCAAUCUGGCAAUGGUUCAGAUGAAGAUGGCAAACAUGAUGAUGUCCAGGAUAUGGAGGUGACCUUUAAUACAGGUUUAGAGGAUAUAAGCAAACAUAUUAUGGAAAAGAAGGAUAAAAAAUCAGAAACAGUUUGGGAAGCAUAUUUGAGGAAAAGACUAGAGAAAAAGAAGGCCAGGAAACAUAAAUCAAAGUAUUCAUCAGAUGAUGAUGAUAGCGAUGAUACUGUUCAAGAAGCAACUGAAGAAGCAGAUGAAUUCUUCAUUGAGGAGCCUACUGUUAAGAAGAGGAAGAAGGCACAAAGUAAAAAUGAUGAAGAGCAUAAGCUCCAAGCUAUGGAUGGGGCAGAGAAAGCGAGCAAAGAAGAGCUUGAAUUAUUGCUUGCUGAUGACCAGGGGACAGAUACUGGUCACAAGGGAUAUAAUCUAAAAUUCAAAAAAGGCAAAGGAAAAAAGAGGGAGAAUGCUAUUGAUGAGGGGAAAAUACCAAGCAGUGCAUAUGAUGAUCCACGUUUUGCAGCUCUUUUGUCACCUGACUAUGGAAUUGAUCCCACCGACCCACAAUUUAAAAGGAGUGCUGCAUAUGCCAGGCAGCUAGCACAGAAGCAGCAGAAGGGUCAUUUGGAAUUAUCAGCGCAAAGGGAGCAAUCGAAGCUUCCAAAAGGAAUGCAGUUGUCCUCUGAUGAUUCUGGCAUGAUGAAGAAGGGUGAGGAAGAAGGAUUAGAUGUUUUGAAAUCAAAGAAAGAUCAAUAUGAAUUAUCAUCUUUGGUUAAAUCGAUUAAGAUGAAAUCAAAGCAAGUUCUGUUACCCUCUGAUGGUAAGACAAGGAAAGAUGGAAAGUUGCAAUUUAAAGGUAAGGGGAAAAAGAAAGAGUAGUUCUCAGCCUUAUGGUUCAAUCCACACUCGAAUGCAAGAUGGAAAGACGCAAUUUUGAGGUAUGGGGGAAAGAAAGAGUAGUGCUCAACCUUAAAAAGGAAAGUUAGUGGAAAUAUAAAAAAGAAAAAAAAAUGGGAGAGAAAAGGUUGGGAUUGAAUGAAUAGAGGUUCGGGUGGUUUUGUCUUUUUUCAAGAACGUUUUGAGGUCCAUUGUUACCUUAUUAUCUAUUGGAAUCCAUAUAAUACAGAAUGCUGAUUCAUUUCUUGUUGCAAACU